AUGACCGAGUGGAAAAAAGUUUUCGAGUGCGCGCGAGUGAUUCCACCACACAGCCAGACAGUCCGUCAAGCUCAAGGACCGUCUCAAGGUUUUCAACUCGCUUUCAGGCAGCUUGAAGGACUUCAGGUUAGACAGCAACUUUCAGACGAGUCUAAUGCGGCCAAGUACCAGCUGCGAGUGACACUGUUUGACACCAACCACCACCAGUUUUUCGGAAGGACAUGGAGGAGUCUGCCUCAUGAAACAAAAUUCAACCAAGGCCAGCCCAACAGAAUACUGUUUAAUGAGGUCGUCUACUUCCACACCUCUCUAAAGCUGAGCAGUGUGGUGGCGGUGGUGGAACUGGUAUUGCUAUCUCACAAGGCAGAUGGUACCCAGAAUGCCACUGGGGCUGGAUUUGGGAUCCUGCAUCUCUUCUCCAGCAAAAUGGAAGCCCAGGGAUCCAAAGGGGAAUGCAGGUUGAGUCUGUUCCAUGGCACUCCCAGAGCUCUUCUGCACCCAUCCCUCAGAGGACCCCUGGAGUUGAACAGAAGUUUGACGGUGAUGGAAGGAGCACAACUGCUCUAUACUCUUCAACCACACCCUCCUCUCAAUCCCAUCAUGCACCUCCUCCCUCAGAACAUCCUGGUCUCGGGGCACGACCGAAUCCCCGGUGUGGUUCCAGCCACCGGCGCUGCGGCGGACUCUUUGCGCAAGCCAGGCUUGCUCAGAAGCCUCCCGUGUGUCUUGGAGCGGCUGUCCGUCUGUCUCCGCCCCUCACUGGAAGGGUUCGAGAGCGACCUGCUGCAGCUGCUGCACACUGACUGCCAGAACACAAACUGGGGUCUGGAGGGGAGCUCGGUGGUGGUGCAGGAGCGUAGACUUCACGUGGGGGUUCAUAACGGCUGGGGCUUUGUGGAGCGGCCACAGGUGAUGGUGUUGGAGCCCGAAUCCGAGGGGACCAGGGGCCGCAGCGGCAGCCUCAGACAGACCUCCGUGGGCAGACUCAGUUCGUCCUCUUCCCAUGUGUUGGCUCUGCGGAAUAACGUGGCGCUGCAUGUUGUGAAGGAGCCAGCGUUCGGCCUUGUUUUCCAGCUGGAAUAUGUCUUCUCUGCACCACUCAGCGGGGAAGGGAAGAUGUCCUCCACAGCCACGUCCAGGACGGCCUUCAUGCAGUGCCUGGGCUGGGGUGUGUGGACCCCCUUUCAGGACACGGACAGCACCAGCAGGGAGGACGUUUGCCUCUCCUUACAAACCGGUGCUCUCCCCAACCCCUGGAGCCUCAUGGUCUACUCCACACCAAAGCAGAGCCAAAGUUCAGAGCAGACAAACGCAGAGAGUGGUAUCAUUAAGUUCAGGUUUUUGUGCAGUGGGGAGAGAAACCCCUCCAGCCCUGCACAAAGACACAGGUCUGAAGAGAUAUUAAAACCAAAGAAGUCCUUCUCCACAGGCCAAGAAGAGAGUAACCAUGAGCUGGUAGCCUCCAAGGGGGUGGAAUCUCUACGGGGUCCAGGGCUCUCCAUCUCUCAGCUGGCAGCGACUUCACGCUACCCGACCAUGAGCCACUCGAUGGGGUCGCCAUGGCAACAGGAGCUCCCCUCGCGGCUCGCCCCCUCCUCGUUGGCAUCAGCCCACCAGUUGUCACAUGUCGAGCGGCCGGCUGCUAACAGCAUAGCUCACCUGGAGGUCAGUGUGAGAGAGAGCCAGGGGCCAGGGACGGAUGCAGGAUCGUCCCUGGAGGAGAGUGAACUACACGAGCUACCCUUCACUCCUGUGCAUGCUCCUGUCAUCGCUCUGGGAACGCAGGUGGCUGGCUCUACUUCAGUAAGCUCCCGUGGCUCUUUGGCCCACCUGUUCUCUGCCAGGUUUCCAGAGAUCCUGGACUGCAAUAACCAGGUGGCUGAGGUUCUCGACCCAACCGAACCGGUGAACUUUAACCCUCAGAGAGAGGAGGCGGACCCUCUGCAGUCCAACACACUCAUUUUCCAGUUCCUCGCCUUCACUAGGGUUCCACAGGCUGGGGUUGGGCCAGAUUGGCCUCGCUCGGUUCAUUUUGCCUUCCAGCUCUAUCGCUUCCCACCCGUUACCACUCAGCGCCUAAUGCUCCUCGAUGCGGACAAGGCCAAGCCCAAAUCCGCCGACAAUUAUCCCUGUGUCCUUGCCCUUAUCAACAAGGACGGCACGGUGAACUCUGGCUCUCAUGGCUUGCAGCUACAGUACUGUGUGGAUGCUGGUUUUCUGAAGCCAGGGGAAAGGCCGUGGCUUCUUCGCUACCUGGCCCUGCACACGCUGCAGCUGGAUGUGUGGGACAGCGAUUCUCUCCUGCUUAUCGGCUCAGCGGCCCUGGAGCUGAAGCAUAUGCUCCGACAGGGGCGACCAGCUGUCCAGGCCACGUAUGAACUGGAGGUCAUUACCACCGACUACCACCAGGAUUCUUGCCUAGGAAACAAGCCCAGCAACAGGCAAAGGGCUGAACCCCCCAUCAACGUCUUCACCACUGUCAGAGGCCGAUUACAUUUACGCCUAGGCAACGUUGGACAUCCUGCUCAAAGGAGUCUGGGUUUCCCCAUUGAGCUGCCUCCUUCACGCUCCUGUGUUAUUCAAGCAUGUGACGGCACACAAGGCUUUGGGGGUGGCAGCGUGUCAGCCAAUAAUAUUCACAACCUCCACGUGAGGAAGGCGGGACGCGCCCGAAGACUGGUUGAGAUUGACGGCCAGUUAGCCAAUCUCCUGCACAGCAGGAAGGGGGUCGGGGAGAGGACCGAAGGGCCACAGCAGGGUGAGACAGAGGAGAUCCGACAACGCAAACUGAACAGGAUGGCAGCCGUUCGCCAGCGCGAGGAACAGGGCCGACCCAGUGACGGCCCCAAGCCCAGCAUAAUGUUGGGGCGAGAGAGUCGUGCACAGCACUUGAGGGAUCUGAAACUGAUUGAGGCUUAUCGCGAGCGCGCUAAAGUGGAGGACAUCACUAACAUGCUUUGCCAAGCCAUAACCACACAGCACACAGUCUACGCCUCCCUCGGAACCGCUGAGUUCUUUGAGUUUGUGCUUAAGAACCCCUUCAAUGUGCAGCAGACUGUCACCAUAGAGUGUUCCGACCCUGAGCUCAGUGUCAUAGUGGAUAGUGAGGAAUGGAAAUAUUUCAAAGAGCUGACUAAAACCCUCACACCUCUGGAAGAGGACAUGUUUCACCUGAAGGAGAACACUUUGACCCCGCAGGUCUACCUAAGACCUAAAGAAUCUGUUCACAUCCCUCUCAAAUACCAAACCUUCCACUGCGACCACUCUCUCCCUUCUCAGUCUUGGAGCAGCUUGAAAAGUGCUAGAAAUCCACAGAUGGCCCAGAAAAAUCAAUCCAGCACACUGCUGACCAAAUCUGUAAAGGUUACGUUCAAGGCGGAGGAUGGCAAGCCGCUGGCGAUAUGCCAGGUAAACGUCGAGCCCACGCCACCUGUCAUCGAUCAGACAUUUCGCUUCUUCCACCCGGAGCUGACGUUCCUUAAGAAAGCCAUCCGCCUGCCACCCUGGGAGAGGCCGGCAGGUGUUGCAGAUGGUUCGGUGCCGGUCUCCGUGCGGUGCAGUGACCCCAAUGUCAUCUGUGACAUCAUGGCGCUCGCACUGGGGGAACCGCAGGACGUGUUUUUCAAAGUGGCCGGCAGCCCCAGUCCUCAAAUAAGGAAAUUCUUCAUAACCGUUUUCACUGACCGGUGGUUAGCGGUUCCUGCCCAGACGUGGGAGGUGUACGUUCAUUACCUGCAGCGGGUAGACGUGAACUGUGCCAGCGGGCAGCUCAGCUGGCACUCCCUGGUACUCCGAGGUACUCAGGCUGUCAGGAAGGUCAAGUGUUACUCUUCUCAUCCUCUGGAGAUACAGAUUGAUCCUUCUGAGGUGUUUGUUCUGCCCCCUGAGGGUGUUCAGGACCUGCAGGUGGGGUUGAGGCCUCUGCGUUCAGGCAGCCGGUUCGUCUACCUGAACGUGGUGGACGUCGAGAACUGCCAGCUGGUGGCCUCCUGGCUUCUCGCUGUCACCUGUCGCCAGCCGAUUGUAACCAAGACCUAUCAGAUUUCAGUGCCUGUAGGAGAGGGAAGGGGCACCAACAAGAAAAUUACCUACACCAACCCGUACCCCAACCGCCGAGUCUUUCAGCUGCGCUCUGACCACCCCGACCUGCUGCAGUUCAAGGAAGAUCAUUUUCAGGUUGGUGGAGGGGAGAUCUACUCUAUCGGCCUUCGCUUUGCGCCGAGCCAGAGUCCUGGCACAGAGGAGAUCCUCAUCUAUAUGAACAAUCAGGAGGACAAGAAUGAGGAGACGUUCUGUGUUAAGGUCCAGUACCAAUAA